AUGGCUCUUGCUCUUGGGACAGCGUCUCUCUUCAUCGAGUAUUAUUGCUGUAAGAAGGAGGAGUUGGAGUCGGAGGAGGAGGAGCCCGACUUUGCAGUGACGUCCCGCCUCCCACCAGUCCACUCCAACCAUAACAUCGUGGCGGCGUCGGUCGCCGCCUCCACCCCUAACGGCCCCGCCCUCUUCACACCGCCUUUAGCGCGGAAACUAACGCGCUCGCAGACAUUCUGCCCGUCGUGCACACACCAUGACGUGCCCUUCUACCUGCAGCAUCCGGACGGCCUGCGGAACGGCGGCGACCGCAUCAGCUACCGUAGCAUCCAACAGCAUGACCUGGAACUGCCCUUAGAAAUGCCCAGCUACCACAAACUGAACCUGACCCGGUCAGUCACCAUGAGGGACAUGUUCAACCGCAGCUGCAGCAUCAGCACUGACGUCUAGUGGUAUCGGCGCCACCCCGUGGCAUGGAGGGCUCAUGGAAACAGAUAAAUACAAUGGGGACAGAUAGUGGGACAGCAGCUCGACAAUCACUGCUCCAUGUCCCUCGGUCUUAUGCUGAGAUAAAACCACACAUUAACUGGUGAAAAGAUAAGCAUCAAACAAAAUCCAUCCUCACCUCAUCCGCUUGGUCUGUGGUGAGUAGGAUGUUGACCCUUAAAUAAAACAGUUUCUACUCUGUCUGGACUCGUAUUGGAUUACCCUAAACCUAAACGGUCUAACUAAACCACCCUCCCAUCUAACUAAACCACCCUCCGGUCUAACUAAAUUACCCUCUGGUCUAACUAAACCACCCUCCGGUCUAACUAAAUUUCCCUCCGGUCUAACUAAACCACCCUCCGGUCUAACUAAAUUUCCCUCCGGUCUGACUAAACCACCCUCCGGUCUAACUAAAUUACCCUCCGGUCUAACUAAACCACCCUCCGGUCUAACUUAAACCACCCUCCGGUCUACCUAAACC